UGCAGCGCUGGGACAGACAACAAGUCUCUGCUCUGUGCGCUCUGGAAAAGUCAAUGGGUGGACGAAGCGGAGUAUACAGACUGGACUGACUUUUUGACAAAUGAGUAUAUGGGACUUUUAUUAUUAUAAAUGGAUGAGUCCGGCUCCUCAGCAGUAGUAUUACCGUUAUUUUCUCUCUGAGUCGAGCGCCCGCUGCUCCGUUAGAGGUCGGUUAAAAGUCGACCGCGUCACUUUUGAUUCAUGGACUCAACACGGACUGUAGCUUCAAGCAUUCAUGUCAAGAGGCUCCUACAAGGUUGACUUUCGUUGAAUAAAAAGAUUGAGGGAACAUGAAGUUGUCUUUAGACAGUAUGGGCAUCCUGAAGAUUGCGCUGUUGUUCUUUGAGGCUGUUAUGCUGACCGACUGUGCACGAGGACCUCCACGGGUGUCAGAGAAAGUUGCUCAAAGGCAGACAGCUCGGCUUGGGAGCGCCAUUAAGCUGCUGUGCCCAGUAGAAGGAGACCCCCCGCCCCUCAUAAUGUGGACCAAGGAUGGGCGCAACAUCCACAACGGCUGGAUCCGUUUCCGACUCAUCCGUAUGGUCCUGAAGAUCAAGGAGGUGGAGGCAGAUGACACAGGGACUUACAUCUGCAAAGCAACUAAUGGCUUUGGUAGCGUUAACAUCAACUACACUCUCAUCGUCAUCAAUGAUUCAGGCUCUGAUAAAAAAGGACCUGGGACGGCUGUGGGGGCUGAGUCUGACCUGGGCACUGAUGGCUUGAUAGAAAAAUUUGUGCGUCCCCGCUUCACCCACCCCGCUAAGAUGAGAAAAAGGGUUAUUGCUCGUCCUGUCGGCAGCUCGGUGCGCCUAAAAUGCAUGGCCAGUGGAAAUCCUCGACCAGACAUCGUGUGGCUUAAGGACGACAGACCCCUUACGGAGCAGGAGGUUGGCAAGGAGCAUCAGAAUAAGUGGACUCUGAGUGUGAAGGGUCUGACGCCUGAGCACAGCGGCAGAUACACCUGCAGGGUUUCCAAUCGGGCUGGGGAAAUCAAUGCCACGUAUAAAGUUGAGGUCAUCCAGAGGACAAACUCCAAGCCAGUAUUGACGGGAACUCAUCCGGUGAACACGACAGUGGACUUCGGAGGCACCACAUCGUUCCAGUGCAAAGUGAGGAGCGACGUUAAGCCAGUUAUUCAAUGGCUCAAACGCGUCGAGUCCAAUGAGGAAAGCCGCUACAACUCCACCAUAGAGGUGGGGGACCAUAGAUUCGUUGUGCUGCCCACAGGGGAGGUGUGGUCACGACCCGACGGCUCCUACCUCAACAAGCUGCUCAUUACCCGAGCCAAGGAGGAGGACGCCGGCAUGUACAUCUGCUUAGGCGCCAACACCAUGGGCUACAGUUUCCGCAGCGCCUUUCUCACUGUGCUGCCAGACACAAAGCCUCCCAUCACACCGAUGUUCUCUCCGGCCUCCAGCUCCCUCCCCUGGCCAGUCAUCAUCGGCAUCCCUGCUGGGAUAGUGUUCAUCUUUGGCACGGUACUGCUGUGGUUCUGCCAAAGCCGAAAACACUGCCCCCCACCCAGCGCUCCUGCAACUGCACAGGUACUGCAGAGCACCCACCGGCUGCCCUAUCGAGAGCGGGAUCGAGGCUGCGUGGCUUCGUCCUCCAGCUCCUCCAGCCCGGAGAAGGACUGCAUGAGCUCCAUAAACUAUGAGGAAUACCUGGCACAGCAGCAACUCCUCCUCAGCCAGGGAGGACCAACAAUUCCCCCUAAAAUCUACCCCAAAAUCUACACUGACAUUCACACGCACACUCACUCCCACGUGGAUGGGAAAGUACAUCAGCAUCAACACAUUCAUUUUCAGUGUUAGCCUAAUGCCAUAUAUCCCUCACUAACUGUUUCAGUGCGUUAUGGAACUCCUGAGGGACAUUCACCUGGCAUUACUCUGUAAAAGCUUCAUCAGACACUUCUAGAGAUUGUCCAGAGAGUGCAUUUGGGAAGAACAGUGGCCAGUGAUACAUCCAAAGUUCCAUUUUUGGUGCUCAUUUUUUUUUUACCGUUCAGAUCCUCACACCACUAAAAUCCAUGAAUCCUUGUGCACUUUGAAAAAGGACAAGGACUUUUUUUGAAGCAUGAAUUAGUUGCAGCUAUCAUGGCCAGCUGAAAGCUCCUCCUCAGCAGUUGCAUUUUCCUGUUUGAACUGUAGCUGAAAAAAAUGGAGGUAAGGUUUACCUUUCACUUUUUCAGCUGUCGGAGUGCAGAGGUUCCGUACUGUCUGCCUGAGUGAAGAUGGAAACGGUACUCUAGAUUUACAAAGGAGCUUGUUCUUUACGCUCCUACUCAGGUAGCCCUUUUGUUUGUACAAGAUGCAUUAUGUUUGGUAUUUAGACCACUAUCCGUGUUACCUUCCUCCAUCCCUCACUUUGUCCUGUUAAAAGUGAAAUAGAGUAAAACGGUAAGUUUUCGAGCCUUUGCAUGGCGUACAAACCUUGCCUAAGACUGCAAGGGAUGGAGGAAUUGUGUUUCUGUGUAAACUGAUUUGGUCUUCAUUAUCAUUUGAACUUUUGUAAGGUAGAUUUCCGUCAUCAGUCAGUAGCAUGUUGAGGUAAACUUGCAUUCUUUUAGACCUCCACUUAUCCAACCACAGUUUAUGAAGCUGUAGUCAUUUAUAAUCAAACGAGUCAUGAAUAUUUAAUUUAUUUUGCUAAGAAAUGUAUUAAAGGUUUAUUUUUCAGAUUAAGGCAUUUUUUACAUAUCUAUGUAAUGUUAUUAAAGUAUAUUGUUGUUAUGUAUAGUAUAUUUUGAGUUCUCUGUCAUCUAGUGUAAUCACUUUAGUUCAUGCCAAUAUUUUAGGUAUUUCUGUAUGUAAUUGUUAUAUUUGACAAUCUUGUAUGAUGAUGUACUCUGUUCAAGGCUCUAAAACUACAUCAUCUAACGUGUGAUGGUUUGGUAGUUUGAUUAAAUCACCUGAAAGGAA